AUGGACCCCUUUGCAGAUGAGAUCGAUGCUGAGCUUCCAGACCAAUUCGUCCGCCAGAAUUCCUCCGCUACCCGCGUCGGACACGGAGGAACAAUAUUUCAAGUGAACAACAGUCCGCACACAAGCCCAACCCAAGCCCAGCUGGGAGGUCAACACACGAAAGAUUCCAUCCUGAGCAACAUGAAGAUCUCGAUCGCUUCCAUCUUGAUUGUGGCUGGGUUAGCCGUUGCGCAGGAUCUCACCCAGCUCCCGUUCUGCGCAAUCUCGUGCGCAUUUCGAGCGAUUGCAUCGGCGGGAUGUAGUGUGACUGAUGCAAAAUGUAUCUGCACCAAAGAUUCCUUCUUCACCGACAUCAACUCCUGCCUCACGACCUCUUGCAGCGGGGACAAUAAGCAAAGUAAGCGCGGCCUCGGGGAUAUCAUGCAAGUCUUGACUGAGGGGAUUGGGAUGUAUGAAGCUAAAUCUGCCUGCCAACCAGAAACAAUCGACUUUGCCCGAUCUUUCUGUGGCUCGGCAGGAGUGUCCAUUCCCACGCCGCCAAAGUCGUCUGCGCCCAUGGCGACCGCUACGCGACCGGCUUCAUCAACAACGGUCUUCUCAUCUAGCGUGGUCGCGACCGCUAGUCCCACUGUCACGAAUUUGCCUUCACAUGGUGCCUUCACACACGCACUUUUCACCCCAAAUGUCGACCGACUUCCUCGCUUGGAACACAUACUAGUCGUUCGAUCGUAA